GAUUGUCGAUAUACUACCCAACACUGUUUAUGGGUGAAAUAAAUAACAGGUCGCAGCACUGGAACUUGCAAGUGCAACUGUACAUUGUACAAUAGCCAUCAACCGACAACCGUUGCCGCCGCCGCCGCAGCAGCGUCGCUGUCGCUAAGACGCUAACUCGCGACAAUCUAAUUCGUAUUUUACUAUUUUCGCAAGUCGCAACCGCCAACUGGUUUUGUCUCGCUUGCACUGUGUUGUCACUUUUCCUUUAGCCUUGCGACUUGAUUUUUAUGAUUGCUACUCGUUAGCUAUAAACCCAGCUCAAGCCUUUGGCACUACAAGAUGUCUACUGCGAUCAACGAGGGGGCGUCCACGUCUGCCUGUCUGUCGGAGUACGAACUCUUGCGGCAACAGAACAUGAAUAAACUGCAACACGAGGUAGGCGAUAUAUUUAGUAAUGCUCUGCAAUGUGCUCAGAACCUUAAAAAAAGUUUGAGAUUUCUGAGUGGAAGAAGGGCAGCUCAUAUACCAGGGCUACGAAUAAAAUUAUUUUCUAAACUGGAAAAAUCUUCAAAGGAGAAAGAGGCUCAAAGAAAAAAUAUCCGUCGAUCAUCACGUUCUAAAAGAAAGCAAAUUUGUUACGAUUCUAAAAAUGAAAAUAACGAUGGAAAUAGCAAAAAACGUCAACAGAAAUUUAAACAACAGAAAAAGUCUCUUCUACGUAAAUCUAAAGUUAUCAAAGUUGCAAAACAAAAAUUUAGUAGAAAAGUAUCUCGGUUAGAUGUAUCUCUUGUUACAAAAGAAAUGUUGGACAAUAUAAAUUACCGAUCUGUAGGAAAAAAAUAUAAUACCGAAAACGGAACCACUUGUCACCAAUGCAGGCAAAAAACUAUGGACCAAAAAUCGUACUGUCGGCACAAGAGUUGUAAAGGUAUGAGAGGUAUGUUCUGUGGUUUUUGUUUGCGUACACGAUAUGGUGAAGAUGUAGCUGAAGCAUUAUUGAAUCCGGAAUGGGCUUGUCCGCCAUGUCGUGGUCAUUGUAACUGCAGCAUUUGUAGGCGUGAUCAGGGUAAAGAUCCGACAGGACAAUUGGCACAAGUAGCAAAAGCCAAAGGAUAUAAAUCUGUUCGCGAUCUGUUAAGGACAAUAGAAGGAGAACCAAAUAAACCACAAAAUUAUAAUCCUGAAGAGAACCAUGUUGAACUACAAAACAAGGAUGUAGUUGUUUCUACCGGUACUCAGUCAAAGAUUGAUCAUUUGAAUGACGAGACUGUACUUGAUGAACAUAAAGUUGAAAGCACGGAUGAGUUAAAAACUAUGAAGAACAAUGUAACACUAAAAAUUCUGUAGAAGAGCAUACAGAAACUUCAGAAAUGAUUAUUGAUACAAUUUAUAAGAAAUUAAUGGUGUCUUAAUAAUCAGAAGAAAAUAAUUUAAAAAAAAUCAAAACAAUAUUCUAAUUAUAAGCAGAAAGUAGUCAUAUAACUUAUUAAUAUUAUAUUUUAUAAGUUUAUAUUUUUUUUCAAGUUAAACCUUGGUUUAUUUUUUCASUUUGAGUUAUAGUAAAAGAGUAACAAYUCUAUUAAAAAUUAAAAU